AUGGUGCUGCUGUCCAUCCUUGCCCUGCUGGCAUGUGGCUCAGAGUUGGUUACGGCGUCAUUAACGCCAUCAACAGUUGAAGUUCGCAGAGAUGAAGACUGGAGCGGCAAUGUAGAUAAUCAAACCUACCUGAGGAACCACAAACAGAGAUCGCUUGAUCAAGACGAUGGCGGUUUUGAGGAGAGAGCAACUAGUGCAACACUUCCCGGGGUGGAAGGUUUGGCUAUCUCGCAGAAGCUGAAGAAUAUUGCAACAAGCAUCAAAGAAAAAUUCUCAUCCAACAAUCAAAAAGCAACCGACAAACUUUUCGCUCGUCUAAAGGUCGGGAACGUCCAGGAAAGUCUUUUUGUGAGUGCACCAUAUAAAAAGUGGACAGCGUCUGUGGCCAAAGCUUACAAGACGAAUCCUAAAGCUGGUCGUGCAGCUGUGUUUUCUACGCUGGCAGCUCGUUACGAUGAUGAAGCUCUGGCCAAACUUUUAGUUGAAGCAAAGCAAGUCCGUGCAACGAGAGAGCCUGCCAGUGAAUUUCAAGCCAUGCAGAUCGACAGCUGGGCUGCUAAGCAGAAAACGACGGAUGAUAUAUACAGUGCUUUGAAGCUGGAAGUGAACGAGAAGGAUCUUCUGAAGAAUCCAUUGUUGGACACGUGGAUCUCCUACAUUCCAAAAGCGGCAAGUGAAAAUCCGUACAAUUUGGUGUUGCGCAAGCUUAUGAACCACUAUGAUGACCAAGGACUGGCACAAAUGCUAAUUGCAGCUAAGGAAGAUAGCCGUGUGGCAAGCAUUGCAACAAAGGUGGAGGAGUCGUUACUAAAACGGUGGCAGAGUGAUGGAAAGACGGCAGACGAUGUCUUCAGGCUGCUACGGCUUAACGACGACAAAAGUGACUAUAUUAUGAAGAACCCAGUGCUGAGUACAUGGAUCAGUUACGUCGACCAGCUUCACGAGAAAAACCCGUAUGAUGAACUGGUGGGCUUGCCGACAUACUUGUUGCAACAAGAACAGAUUUCACUACUCGAAGCAUGGCUAUUGACUUCGAGAAUGCACUGA